AUGAAGAAUAGCAACAAAAGCUAUGAAACUGAUACUCAUGAGGAGCACAACUUUUGGAAAGAUUUUAAGCCAUGGAUCAUCAUUUGUGUAAAAUUGGAGCAUGGUCCCAAUUGCCCUUUCAAGGUUACACCAUUUGUCGUUCUCCUUUUAUGGGGGCUUGCAGCAGCUGUUGCACUUCCUCUUGGGGGAGUUGUUCCACUAGCCAUUUUUGUAGCAAACAACACUUGUGAUUACCUUGAUAAGAUAUUCCUUUCAUUCUUGUUUACGACAUCUGGUUCUUUCGGGGUUAUAGUUGAUGAGGCUUUUAAUGCUAGGAAAGUUUUUGAUAGGUUGCAAGUUCGGAAUGUGGUUUUAUGGACUGCAAUCAUGGAUGCAUACUUCCAAAAUGGAUGCUUUGAGGAAGCACUAAAUCUGUUUUCUGAGAUGAAACUCGAUGAUAUUUCACCUAAUGAAUUCACUUUUGCGGUUAUGUUAAACUCUAGUGCAGGGUUGUCUGCACUAAGCCAUGGACAUGUACUAUAUGGAGAGAUUGAAAAGUCCGGUUUUAAGGACCAUGUUAUUGUUGGAAAUGCUUUGAUUAAUAUGUAUGCAAAGUGUGGCAACAUUGAAGCAGCAAGUAAAGUUUUUUCAGAAGUGAUGUAUCGAGACAGCAUUACAUGGAAUGUGAUGAUAUGUGGGUAUUCUCAUCAUGGGCUAGGUAAGGAAGCUAUGGCUGUGUUUCAAGACAUGUUGGCUGUAGGAGAAUGUCCUAACUAUGUUACUUUUGUAGGUGUUCUCUCUGCUUGUAGCCAUCUCGGUCUAGUAAAAGAAGGUUUAUACUUCUUGAACCAAUUCAUGAGACAGUUUGGAGUAGAACCUGGGUUGGAGCACUACACGUGUGUUGUUGGACUCCUGAGCAAGGCUGGACUACUUGAUGAGGCCGAGAAAUUUUUGAGGUCUAUACCAGUCAAAUUAGAUGUUAUUGCAUGGCGUACACUGCUCAGUGCUUGUCAUGUCCAUCGAAAUUAUGUUUUUGGGAGGCGCAUAGCAGGAUUACUGUUAGAGAUGGACCCUAAUGAUGUAGGAACAUAUGCACUGUUAUCUAAUAUUUAUGCAAAAGCAAAGAGGUGGGAUGAAGUAGUGAAGAUCCGAAAACUGAUGAGAGAGAGAAAUAUCAAGAAAGAACCUGGAGUGAGCUGGAUAGAGAUAAGAAAUGUUACCCAUGUUUUUGUUUCAGAGGAUUGUGAACACCCAGAGUCAAGUCAAAUCUAUGAGAAAGUAAAAGAACUGUUAGCUAAGAUUAAGCCAUUGGGAUAUGUACCAGAUGUUGCUUCUGUGUUGCAUGAUGUGGAGGAGGAGCAAAAGGAAGACUAUCUUAGUUAUCACAGUGAGAAAUUGGCCAUUGCAUAUGGCCUAAUGCAAACUCCCUUGAAGGCACCUAUUUGGGUAUUUAAAAACCUUAGAAUGUGUGAAGACUGCCAUUCUGCUGUGAAACUUAUUUCAAAGAUCACAAACAGGAUGAUCAUUGUCAGAGAUGCAAAUCGCUUCCACAGAUUUCAAAAUGGAUGCUGUUCAUGUGCAGAUUACUGGUAAUUGGUUCAUUGACUGUUUGCUUCUUGAUGGUGGUAGAAGAAAAUUGUAUGUUCUGGAGCACAGAAAACAUGCACACCAAAUUUUUCUCCAAGACAGCCAGGGAUCAUCGAUCUUCAUUCUGUUUACCUGGAUACUAUGUUAUAAAUUCCAAUGUUAGGGUCUAUAUGCAGUUGACUGAUGCCUUCCUGCCCAUGUUGCUGAAAGCUGAACGCACGAUCCUUUUAGAUGUUGAUGUAAAAUGUUCAGGAACAUUUAUGAAUGCAAGAACCAAAGACUGGUUUCCAUAUUUCAGGAACUAGGGAACGAAAACAGCCCACAGAUAUGCCAGACUAAAUGAAAAGAAAAAUGUUCCCUAAUUCCUACAGUUUGAAUACUGGCACCGUCGACAGAUUUUGAUUCUUGCUUGGAAAAAUCAAAUUCUUCUACAUUCAUUUGCUUGCUCCAUCUUCAUUUUCCCCUUCUGCUCUCUGUAGAAAGAAUUGAGUUCAGAGAAGGGGGGGUGCAAGUUUCCAUAGUCAACAGUGUCUUUUUUCCAUUUUUGUAUAUAUAUAUAUACUUAACAAUCUUUUCACUUUGUAGUACUGAAAAAUCUGAGAUGAGAAUGAGCAUGGAUGGGUUCUAAUCUUAUUGAACCACGGAACCAUGUUUGUCUUCAAUUAGAUUAUCUUCUUUCUCUGUUGUUUCCUCCAUUUAGCAUCAGUGUGCGUUUCUUAGA